AUCUCUCUCUCUCUCUCUCUCUCAAAACCAUUAACCCUUCAAUGGGAAGACCACCUUGUUGUGAUAAAUCAAACGUCAAGAGGGGCCUUUGGACUGCCGAGGAGGAUGCAAAAAUACUUGCAUACGUAUCCAACCAUGGGGUUGGAAAUUGGACCUUGGUUCCCAAGAAAGCAGGACUCAAUAGAUGUGGGAAGAGCUGCAGGCUUAGGUGGACCAAUUACCUUAGAUCUGACCUCAAGCAUGACGGCUUCACACCCGAAGAAGAAGAGCUCAUUAUAAACCUUCACAAAGCUAUAGGAAGUAGGUGGUCUCUAAUUGCAAAACGACUACCUGGAAGAACAGACAAUGAUGUCAAAAACUACUGGAACACCAAGCUGAGGAAAAAGCUUUCCAAAAUGGGAAUUGAUCCAGUCACUCAUAAGCCAUAUUCUCAGAUCCUUUCUGAUUAUGGAAACAUUAGUGGCAUCCUAAACAUAGGAAACCAGAUUGGACCUCUCAAUAUCAAUAAAAACUUAAACUAUGCACCAACACCCAAACCAGAACCAUCUUCAGUCCUCACAUCAUUCCCAAAUACCAACAUGCCUAUGGAAUUCCAAAAUAGCCCCUAUAAUGAAAACAUAGUUCCCUCAUUGGAUUUCAUGUCUCAUCAGUUUCAACAAGUCAAUAUUAACCAGGAGACCAUCCAACCACAUUUCUUUAAUGAAGCUACCUCUUCUUGUUCAUCAUCAUCUUCUUCCAAUGUCACCCAAUUAAGCCCACUGCCGCAAUCGUAUUCUUGCCAACCGUCUCAAGUGCAAAAUGCACCAUCUUCUUCCUUCAAUUGGAGCGAGUUUCUCAUCACUGACCCUCUCCCAUUCCCAGGCUUUCAGCAACAGCAAGAUCGCCAUUUCCCGGGUUUCUCAUCAUCAACUAACCCGUCAACUUUCGCCCAAACACCCCCAUUAAACUUUGCUAGUGGAAAUGAAUAUGGCUUAAAUCAAGUUGGACAAGAGGAGGGUAUUGGGAAUUUUGACGUUGGAUCAACCAUUGGGGGCCAUACAAACAAUAAUAUGUUGGAAGUUUCAUCAUCUGUGAGUUCAUUCGUGAAUUCUAUCUUGGAUAAGGAUAGUGAGAUGCAGGCAGAAUUUCCAGAUAUUUUAGAUGAAUCUUUUGAUUACUAA